AGGCAAGAUGAACGCCCCCACUAAAAUGUAAAAAAUAAAUAAAAUACAAUCAGAAAAUAGAAACAGAUUAGAAACAAAAUACAUGUUUCAGUAUCUAGUCAGGAAAAAAAAUCUAGGCAACACAUUCCACAUCACAGCAGCGUUGUGUAGAAUCUCUAAACAGUUCAGUGAAUUCCAUUCAUGGAUUGUGGGUUAUCUGAGGUGACGCAGAGUUGUCAACAGAGUUAAAGCACAACAGCUCGAAGAUUCCUGCAGAACUCCUGAACAUAAGAAAGACAAGUCAACCUCCCAGAAGAUCCUCGAAGACGUCUGCUCAGAUCCGUGAAGUUUAAGCAGUUCCUCUGCAAACAUUAUAUUAGAACAAGGUCAGAACACAAGAAAACAUGGAGAUCGCAUGGCUGGGAACCUUGGUUCUUCUUUUUACCAUCUUCUGUUUGUUCAUCUACCCAAUAUGGAGCUCAACUCAUAGUAAUCUACCCCCGGGGCCUCGCCCUAUACCCAUCUUUGGAAAUGUCUUGCAGAUUAAGAGAGGAGAAAUGAUCAAGUCUUUAAUGGAGUUUGGAAAGAAAUACGGCUCCGUCUACACUCUUUAUUUUGGUUCUAAGCCGGUGGUCAUGCUAUAUGGUUACGAAGCCGUGAAGGAGGCCCUUGUUGACCAUGCAGAAGAAUUUGGAAACCGUGGAAAUCUCCCAACCGUCGAUGAAUUCAUUGGUGGAGUUGGUGUUGGCUUUAGCAAUGGGGAGACAUGGAAACAACUUAGAAGAUUUUCUUUUAUAACCUUAAAAAACUUUGGAAUGGGGAAAAGAAGCCUUGAAGAAAGGAUCCAAGAAGAGGCAGUGUGUCUGGUAGCAGAACUCAAAUGCCUUAAAGGUAAACCCAUUGACCCAACCAGAAUCCUAGGUCAGUGCGCAUCAAAUGUCAUCUGUUCCAUAGUUUUUGGGGAUCGUUUCGAGUACCAUGAUGAGAACUUUCACGUUCUUUUGAGAUUGCUCAACGCUAUGUCAAGAGAUAUGAGUGGUGGUUGGGGUCAGCUGCAGGCCAUGCUUCCAGCAAUAAUGAAGUAUAUUCCAGGCCCUCAUCAGAGGAUAACCCAACACUUAACUCGGCUCAUGGAAUUUGUUUCGGAAAGAGUCAAAAGGAACAAAGAAUCAUUGGAUCCCAACUCCCCCAGGGACUUCAUUGACUGUUUUCUCAUCAGACAACAAGAGGAGAAAGAAAACCCAAGCUUCAACACCGAGAAUAUGCUGAUGACAAUACUUGACUUGUUUGUUGCUGGGACUGAAACUGUCAGUACCACCUUACGGCAUGGGUUCUUAGUCCUACUGAAGUAUACUGACAUACAAGACAAACUCCAAGAAGAAAUCGACACAGUGAUUGGAGAAAAUCCCUUCCCAAAUGUCAAACACAGAAGCAAGAUGCCAUAUACAGACGCUGUUAUUCAUGAGAUCCAGAGGUUUUGUGAUGUUGCUCCUCUGAGCCUUCCCCAUGCAGUCAAAAGAGACACAGAAUUCCGAGGAUUUACCAUUCCAAAGGGUAUGGAUGUCUAUCCAAUGUUGUGUUCUGUUCAUCGCGACGCCAAGCAAUUUGCUACACCCAAUAGAUUUAAUCCCAACCACUUCUUGGAUAUCGAUGGGAAUUUUACGAAGAAUGAGGCAUUUAUGGCAUUUUCGGCAGGGAAAAGGGCCUGUAUUGGUGAAGGUCUGGCACGGAUGGAACUUUUCAUCUUCAUCACCGUGAUAUUGCAGAACUUCCGGUUAUCUUCCAAGGAGACCUUUUCAGAAGAAGACAUUGCACCUAAAAUGAAUGGGUUUGGUACUCAGCCAACUCAGUAUCAGGUUUCUUUCAUCCCGCGUUGAGUGACUACUCCUGGAAAAAUACCAAAGUUCUGUUAGUCAUAAAUAUUAAUGUAAAAUCCAAUAGAAUGAUGUCACUAUCAUCCAGCUUUCACAUGAUAAGAGUGGCGGAUCCAUAGAAAGCCAUACCGUAAAUAAUUUGACUUCUGUGGUAAAAGCAGCCAGAAUGCUGAAAAACAGCUUAGUGCACAAGAGCAGCUGGACCACAUCUAUUAAAGGGGUAUUCUGCCCCUAGACAUCUUAUCCCCUAUCCAAAGGAUCGGGGAUAAGAUGUCAGAUCAGAUCGCUGCUGCAGCACCCCGCUAUCAUUACUGCGUAGAGCGAGUUCGCUCUGCACGUAAUGACGGGCAAUACAGGGGCCGGAGCA